AUGGAACCUCCACCCCAGAAAGAGACAUCAUCGCUACAACCUCAUGCGCCCAUCGCGAGGGUCGCUACGAGAGCUCUAGCUGAAAAUAAUAUCCCUGUGGUGGAGUACGGGCAGCAGGUACAGUGGCGUAAUGGAGACCCUGUGGUUCUUCUCCUGGUCGAGUGGGCAGUCCCCGAUGCACUGCUCUCACUUUCAUCGCAGAUACUAUCAGACUAUGGAUUCCCCUGCGUUCCCCCAUCCACAAGGGUCACUGACAUGUUUGGAAAAUGGGAGCGAGCUAACAUCAGCCACAGGCUAGAUGAGAGCGGUCCAGUAUAUCUCUACCCGCUGUCAUUUGUCGGUCUUACGCUCCAGGACACUGUCGAAGUCACAUCUACCUUUGAUCGCAUGCUAAAUAUCUUGACGCCCAAGCCUCACAUGUAUAUGGUGUCGUUGAUUCGUCAUCUCCUAAAUCACCCGGUUAGAGACACCUUCAGGCGUCGAGUAGAAGAUGAUCUACUGUCUUUCAUAUCCUUUCAUAUUAUGCGAGACGAACCGCUGGAUACCAAGGAUCCUGGAUGGAGUGAGAAUGAAAACGAGAACGAGAGUGACGAAGAUUUUCAAAAAAGACUUGAAGAUGCAGUGAAUGAAAUGAAAACUUGGGAUUGGAAUGCUGUGGGAAAUGAGUAUCUGGAUAUUGCUCAAUCUGUCGUUCGUGACUGUCAUUCUAUCGAUCAGCUAUCUAAUUGUCAAUGA